AUGCUUGGCAGAUUAAAAUCACCCAAUAUUAUGGUUGUGCAAAAGUCAUCGACCAAAUCAACGCAAAUCAACGAUCGUUACUACCCGCGUUACCACUUAGCUCCGCCAUUUGGAUGGAUGAAUGAUCCCAAUGGAUUCUGUUAUUUUAAAAAAGAAUACCAUCUAUUUUAUCAGUAUAAUCCUGAAAGUAGCUUAGAGCCAGGCAUAGCUCAUUGGGGCCAUGCCAAAAGUAAAGAUUUAGUCUCCUGGGAACAUCUUCCUAUCGCGAUGUAUCCCGAUCAAAGCUACGAUAAGAGUGGAGUAUUUUCAGGUAGUGCCAUUGUUGAGAAUAAUACAAUGUACCUUUACUAUACAGGAAAUGUAAACCAUCCAGGGGAAAACCCCGACCACGAACAACGGCAAGCUUUAGCUAUCAGCACAGAUGGUAUUACGGUAAAGAAGUACGAAAAAAACCCAAUAAUAAUUGGAGAAGAACAUCAACCCAAUUUAAGAGAUCCAAAAGUUUGGAAACAUGGUGGUACAUAUUACAUGGUCUUAGGUAAUUCUUUCAAUAAUGAUACCCUUGGAAGAGUUCUUCUCUAUGCUUCAGAUGAUAAAAUAUCUUGGAAACAAGUCUCUAUUUUGGACGAAUCGGAUGGGUAUCUCGGUUUUAUGUGGGAGUGCCCCGAUUUUUUCGAGCUUGAUGGUCAUUUUAUUUUACUUUUCUCUCCACAAGGGAUGCGGCCUGAAGGUAACAAAUAUAGAAACCUUUAUCAAACUGGGUAUAUUGUAGGAGAUUUCGAUUAUUCUACAAAGAUAUUUAAACCUAUAAAAAAAUUCCAAGAAUUGGAUCAUGGACACGAUUUUUACGCUACGCAAACUAUUUUAGACAGUAAAGGACGUAGAAUUGUUAUAGCCUGGAUGGACAUGUGGGAACAAAAUUAUCCUGAAGGACCUGAUGGUUUCACCGGCCAAAUGACAAUACCUAGAAUACUAUCCCUGACAAAAGACGGCCGCUUAGUACAAAGGCCUUUACCAGAAAUGAAAUCGGCUCAAGGUCGAACGAUUUAUAGCGGAAAAUCUUCUGGUGGUAUUGUAGUCCUUUUGGAGAAUAAUGCUGCUGAAAUCAAUAUUAAGGCAUCAAGAAAACAAAAUAUAAGUUUAACAAUUGAACCACAAAUCUCGGAUAGCGAUGUAAAUAAUCGUUCAGCGGUUACAAUUUCUUAUGAUGCCCAGUCGGGUAUCGUGAGUCUUGACCGCGGUGGGGAAGAUGGUGUCCGCAGCACUGAAUGGAAACCAAGAAGUAUGCUGGAAAUAAGUAUAUAUGUUGAUGCUAGUUCAGUUGAAAUAAUUUAUGGGAUUGGCGAAGUUACUUUCUCUAGCAGAUUUUUCCCUGAUGGUCCACUCCAAGUCCGCUUAAGUGAGAAAAGUACAGUAGCAAAUUUACGAGUUACACAAUUGAGACGUACAAUAAUCCCAGCCUCAAUCUCACAAAGGCACGAGACGACCAACGCGCAAAUCAACGACCGUUACUACCCGCGUUACCACUUAGCUCCGCCAUUUGGAUGGAUGAAUGAUCCCAAUGGAUUCUGUUAUUUUAAAAAAGAAUACCAUCUAUUUUAUCAGUAUAAUCCUGAAAGUAGCUUAGAGCCAGGCAUAGCUCAUUGGGGCCAUGCCAAAAGUAAAGAUUUAGUCUCCUGGGAACAUCUUCCUAUCGCGAUGUAUCCCGAUCAAAGCUACGAUAAGAGUGGAGUAUUUUCAGGUAGUGCCAUUGUUGAGAAUAAUACAAUGUACCUUUACUAUACAGGAAAUGUAAACCAUCCAGGGGAAAACCCCGACCACGAACAACGGCAAGCUUUAGCUAUCAGCACAGAUGGUAUUACGGUAAAGAAGUACGAAAAAAACCCAAUAAUAAUUGGAGAAGAACAUCAACCCAAUUUAAGAGAUCCAAAAGUUUGGAAACAUGGUGGUACAUAUUACAUGGUCUUAGGUAAUUCUUUCAAUAAUGAUACCCUUGGAAGAGUUCUUCUCUAUGCUUCAGAUGAUAAAAUAUCCUGGAAACAAGUCUCUAUUCUGGACGAAUCAGAUGGGUACCUCGGUUUUAUGUGGGAAUGCCCCGAUUUUUUCGAGCUUGAUGGUCAUUUUAUUCUACUUUUCUCUCCACAAGGGAUGCGGCCUGAAGGUAAUAAAUAUAGAAACCUUUAUCAAACUGGGUAUAUUGUAGGAGAUUUUGAUUAUUCUACAAAGAUAUUUAAACCUAUAAAAAAAUUCCAAGAAUUGGAUCAUGGACACGAUUUUUACGCUACGCAAACUAUUUUAGACAGAAAAGGACGUAGAAUUGUUAUAGCCUGGAUGGAUAUGUGGGAACAAAAUUAUCCUGAAGGACCUGAUGGUUUCACCGGCCAAAUGACAAUACCUAGAAUACUAUCCCUGACAAAAGACGGCCGCUUAAUACAAAGGCCUUUACCAGAAAUGAAAUCAGCUCAAGGUCGAACGAUUUAUAAAGGAAAAUCUUCUGGUGAUACAGUAAUCCUUUUGGAAGAUAAUGCUGCUGAAAUCAAUAUAAAGGCAUCAAGAAAACAAAAUAUAAGUAUAACAAUUGAACCGCAAACCUCGGAUAGCGAUGUAAAUAAUCGUUCAGCGGUUACAAUUUCUUAUGAUGCCCAGUCCGGUAUCGUGAGUCUCGACCGCGGUGGGGAAGAUGGGGUCCGCAGCACUGAAUGGAAACCAAGAACAGAUUUUUCCCUGAUGGCCCGCUCCAAGUCCGCU